AUGGAAGCGUACUUCUCUGCCGUCCACAAGAUGGAGCAAACAGUGAUGUUUCCCAGCCUUCUCCUGGGAGUCUCUUUGGAAGAUCGGGGAAGCACAUUUGAAGCCAACUCCUGCGAUGGAGACUCAGUGGACAGAGACCUGUACGAAUAUUUCAUGCUCCUCAAAUCCAUCAAGCAGAUGGCAGAGAGCGGCCUGGUCCCUCUGGAGGGCAAGAAUUCCAGCAUGAAAGAGGAGGAGGACAGAGAAGAGGCUGAUCUUGAAGGACUGUUCUACUACCACGUGUCUGGCUUACAGCACGUUCUCGUUCGGCUGACGACGAGAGCCAACACUGUGACUUCCAAAUACAAUGAAAUCAUGGGACAGAUGAACGAGAACAAGAUCUCUCUACACUGGUGA